AAAAAAAGGGUAUAUAGAAAAAACAUCAACGGUCCUCCCUAUGCAAAAGACAAUCAAACCAAUGAACAAUAAAAAAGCAAAGCUUACAGACAUUGACUCUUUGGCGCACUACCGCAACGAGUUCUACAGGAACAAGAAACUGUACGAAAUCAACCAGUAUAAGAUGAACAGGGACCAGAUAGUGCUUGAGAACUUGCUGCUCAACAUCGAAGAGGACGUGCUGUUUAAGGGACGUGGUGAGGUAAGCAUGGAUGAGGUGCUGGAGAGCACUGAAAAAAGGUUCUUGAACAACCUGGACUGCUGUGGCAACUACUUUGACACGUUCAACAGCUUUGCACAGCAUAGAAACUUCGAGCACAGCAAUGACGAGGAGAGCGCCCAGGACGAGGCCGGCACGGGCCGAGAGCGCGAAUGUGUUGGCACGGGCAGCACGUUCAGUAACAUGCACAACACUAUCAAUGCCAGCAGCAUCGCCAAUUUCAACGUUUCACGAAGCGUGGGUACCGAAGGUGUUCAGGCCGAUCCGUUGGAGAAGUGCAAACCCUACCGGUGUGAUAUCACAGGUUGCAAAAAGGCGUAUACAUCGGCAUACGGCCUUAGAUACCACAUCGAAAACGGACACGUGCAGAAAGACGAUUCGAACAAGCCGCAUAUUUGCAGCUUUUCUAAUUGUGGAAAGAGGUACAAGAACUCGAAUGGCUUGAAAUACCACCUUGAACAUUUUCAUAAGCAAUAA